AAAUAAUUAUUUUUGUUUUUGUUGGGGGAGAUUAUUAUUACAAAACUCACUCCUCCUUUAUUGAUGGUAUUGUGUUUCUCCCUUUUCUUCUGCAACAAAACCCUUACCUUUCGUUCCUUGCCUUUUCUUUUCCCAGUCUUAAUAUUCUUUUGUUUGUUCAAAAAAGAAACAAAAAACAAAAAACAAAAAAAUCUCACAAAAGCAAACCAAAAAAUCCAUGUCAGGCUUGUAUAAUCCCAGCUUUUCACCUGCAAGAGCUGCUUCUCCUCAGAUUAGAAGCACCCCAGAUGUUGACAGUCAGUACUUGUCAGAGUUAUUAGCAGAACAUCAAAAGCUUGGACCUUUCAUGCAAAUUCUUCCAAUAUGUAGCCGACUGUUAAAUCAAGAAAUUUUCCGGGUAUCAGGAAUGAUGUCCAACCAAGGAUUUGGAGACUUUGACAGACUACGGCAUAGAAGUCCCAGUCCAAUGGCUUCUUCGAACCUUAUCUCCAAUGUUGGUGGGACAGGUUUAGGUGGCUGGAAUGGUCUUCCUCAGGAGAGAUUAAGCGGACCUCCUGGAAUGACUAUGGACUGGCAAGGUGCACCUGCAAGCCCUAGUUCAUACACAGUGAAGAGAAUUUUGCGUUUGGAAAUUCCUGUAGACACUUAUCCAAAUUUCAAUUUUGUUGGCCGACUUCUGGGCCCUAGAGGCAAUUCACUGAAACGGGUGGAAGCUACCACUGGUUGCCGGGUGUACAUUAGAGGGAAAGGAUCAAUCAAGGAUCCAGACAAGGAAGAGAAGCUAAAGGGUAGACCGGGCUAUGAGCACUUGAAUGAUCCACUUCACAUCUUAAUCGAGGCCGACUUACCUGCAAACAUUGUUGACAUAAGACUCAGACAGGCACAAGAAAUUAUAGAAGAACUGCUCAAACCCGUGGAUGAGUCACAAGAUUUUAUUAAGAGGCAGCAGCUACGUGAGCUAGCAAUGCUAAAUUCAAAUUUCAGAGAAGAGAGUCCAGGGCCCAGUGGCAGUGUCUCUCCUUUCAAUACAAGUGGAAUGAAACGUGCGAAAACAGGACGCUGAUGAGAGCUCAUGUGCACUCCCACACCUGUCUGAACUGGUUUAUAUCAGAAACUCAUGCCCAGAGUAUGCCAUCCAACACAUCUCAAUUCAGCAGUCUUACAAAGAUAUUAGGCUAACAGUCUUGCUGGUGCUCGUUCUUGGGGGGUUUCUCUUAUUUUUUGUUUCUUCCUCUUUUUCUUUUCCCCUAGACAAAAGGGACCAAAAUGGAUAACAUUAAAUGAAAAAAGGAAAAAAAAAAAACAAGAAUUAUAUAGUUGUUUCUUGAAUUAGGUUUGCUAAGGUCAAUCUUAUUUGUGUAAAACUUAAUAUAUUCAUUGCAUUUAUUCUUGUGGUUGUAACCUUGAGGAGUGUGGAAUAUAUAUCAAUGUUGUAAGUGUUAGAUGGAUCUGAGUUUUGUAGGUGUCAUUUUUUGUUAGUGUGAUAAAUUAUUGACUUUUGAGUAUU